UGUAAUGAGCUGAAUCAAAGAACUGUCUAUUCUUUGGCUGAAUGUACGACGCCUUGUUUAACAUUAUUUGCAAAGUUCUCUUUGACCUUAUAGCGUGUAAUGAAAUGAGUUGAAGCGUUGCUUGCGGUCUGGAGAAAACAGUUCGAUAAAUAUCAUACAUAUUACUGAAGAUAAAUAUUUUACCAGAACUGUGAGCGACAUGUUUAUCCAGAUUUUCAUUGGCCUGUGUGUUGUCUGCUUUCUUCUCUACCUUUUUACUCGGUCUGUUGUACCUGUGUCAGGGGAUAUAGCUUUCAGGAGGUUUCAAUGGACAUAUAUGGCUGUAUACCUGCUUGCAAUGAUGGCUGAUUGGAUGCAAGGUCCAUACAUGUAUGCCCUCUAUGCAAAAUAUGAAAUGACAACAUCUCAAAUCCAACAACUUUUUGUCGGAGGCUUCGGGGCUAGCAUGCUUUUUGGAACAUUUGUUGGUUCAGUUGCAGACAAGUAUGGGAGGAGAAACAAUUGUAUUUUAUACUGUAUUUUGUAUGGCCUAUCUUGUUUCACCAAGCAUUUUGCAAACUACAAUAUUUUGAUGGUGGGACGUUUACUUGGCGGUAUUGCGACAUCCUUGCUUUUUAGUGCUUUUGAAUCUUGGCUUGUUUGUGAGCAUAAAAAGCGAGGAUUUUCUGAUGAUCUGCUGAGCUCAGUUUUUACUAUGGCAACAGUAGGCAACUCACUGGUGGCCAUUUUGUCUGGGAUUGUAGCUCAGACAUUUUCGGAUUUAUAUGGAAUGGUUGCUCCAUUUGAUGUCUCCCUGGUAAUCCUUCUUAUCCUAUGCAUGGCGAUUGUUACCACUUGGACUGAAAAUUACGGGGACUCAUCAGGAAACCUGAUGUCAUCAUUUUCCGCAGCCAUCACAUGUAUAAAGGAUGAACCAGUGAUGUUUUAUCUUGGGCUAGUUCAGUCAUUAUUUGAAGGUGCAAUGUACACAUUUGUCUUGGAAUGGACACCUGCUCUUGAACUUUCCCAGGCUACUGAUCCCAAUAAUAAGGCAUUGGAUAAACCACUCAUUCCACAUGGAUGGAUUUUUGCCAGCUUUAUGGUGGCUGUUAUGAUUGGUUCAUCAGUGUUCAAACUCCUCAACAAAGUCAUGGUUGUCGAGUCGUUCAUGCGUUUUAUACUUCUUGUGGCAAUGGUGUCAUUAGCUGUUCCAAUUUUUGUACCAAUGAACCAGUUUGCAGUGUUUAUAUCAUUUCUGGUAUUUGAAAUGUGUGUUGGUAUUUUUUGGCCAGCUUCAGGUACAAUGCGAAGUAAAUAUGUUCCUGAGAAAGCUCGUGCAACAAUUAUGAAUUUGUUCAGGAUUCCGUUAAAUUUGCUCGUCAUUGUUAUAUUACUACAGGAUUUAGAAAUGGCAACCAUCUUUAAAUGCUGUUGUUUGUUCUUAUUUUCUGCUUUUAUUGCACAAAGUUCAUUAUACAGAAUGGUUUCUUCUAAUUUUGAUAGCAGUUUAGGAAAACCAAUUCCAGUCACAGAACCUGAUAUUUCAUAUAAAGAUAAUAAUAAAGAAGAUAUUGAAAAAAAAGAUUUUUAUCUUAAAAUUUAGACGACAUACACAAUAUAAUGUAUACCGCACAAUAGCAAGAGUUAAACACUUAAAUAUUUUAUGCUUUAAUUGUGUGUUUGUUGACAUUUUUGCCAUGUUUUGCAUAUUGUUUGAUAAAAAAGUAUGAUAAUUAGUACUAGAUUUUAAAAAAAAAUAGGAGCCUAUAUUAACACAGUCAGCUGAUUUUUUUAACAUUCUGUGAUAUACUUUUAGCCCCAGAGAGAGCAUUAUAUAAUAUAUGUAUGUACAAAUAAAUAAAUAAUAUGAACAGUGUUCAGUUUUAGGAACAAAUGAUGUUAUAAAUGUAUCAGGCAUAGGCCGUCAUGAAAAAAUUUACAGAAGAGUUGCGUGACAAAAUAUCUCCAGCGAAAUUCGAACCAGCGAUUUUGCUGACAAGGUGAAUGUCAUACCUUACCUUAUCUCUUGUCCAUAGAGACCUAUCGGUAUUCUCACAGAUUCUAUCCAGCCAGAUACACUUCAAUAUAAGUAUACUUAUCAUGAGGACAUAUCACAUUGAUCUUAAGUGUAUUAUCUGCCUACUUUGUAAAAUGAAAUGUGUAUAAAGCGCCUUCUAUAUAAGAAUCUCUAGUGUGAAAUCAAUUGCCUUCAAUCUGACUAAAAAUUUUCAACGUAAACUCCAGUGGCCCUGUUAAGAUCCGCCCUCUCUUCUUUGUGUGAUAUCAAAACUACUUUAACCAUAGCGCGGAGCCAGCUUUAGAUAUUUCAAACUCCUCACAGUCUUCGCUGUUUCCAACAAACAGUUUCUUUUUAAGUGUUUCCGUUUUGUACCUUGGGGAUAAUUGCCCAUGAUGGCUUUUGGAGCGUCAAUAAGUUGAAUUUAAUUGAAGGCAUCUGCUUAUAGAGUAGAACUGGUUUAAAGUUCUGGUUGAAGCAAUUUUUUUCACACUUGCAGAUUCUUCUAAUAAGUUUUACCGAACGAUGGUAUAGAGCCCUGUUAUUCAACUCCUGGUCCGCCAAAGAUUUUGAUCCGGCCCGCACAAUAUUAUAAAAAUAAAUCAUUUUCCCGGCACAUUUUUAAAGAGUGCCCUUUCCAACCAUCUAGAGUUGCCAUAAUCAUAAAUUUGUUUACCUCGGCCCCAGCAUUUUUGGUAUAUUUUCUUCCCAGGCCCAUUCUGUUUCGAAUCCACCACUAUAAAAUAAAAUGGAUGGGGCUAACAUAGACACAAUUUAUGUCGGCCUACCACUGAUCUCUACAGAUUGGAACUGGCCCCCAGCUUAAAAAGGUUGAAUACCUAGGGUAUAGAGGAUACGCCUACAUGCAGGGGCCACGGCAGAAGCAUUUAGUUAUUGGUCAGACAGGAGUUAUUUUUUAUAUUUCGUUAUUUUAGUAUUUAUGUAGCGCAUAUUCCGUUCUGGUCAAUGGGUCCACAUGCCUAAUUGUUGCUGCCUUUAAUCAGUGCAGUAGCAGGCAACUCCACCAGGUACCCAUUUAUACUCCUGGGUGGAGAGAAGCAAUGUAGAUAAAGUGCCUUGCUCAUGGACACAAGCGAAAUGCACAGCGAGGGAUUGAACCCCUGACCUCGUGAUUGGGAGACCAAACCGUUUCCGUUGCACCAAACCACUUCCACAAAGGAGACACACCAACCUCAGCCCCACUAUUGUUGAGGCCGAGUUUGAGAUUUUUUUCCUUGAGAAUUUAGCACUUCUGAUGCUCAGAAAUGGCACUCUCAAACUUCAAAAAUGAUCUCAGCAAAAUAUUGGUCAGGCAGCCAUCUGACCUACCAGACCGCUUCUGUUGCCCAUGAUGUAACAUUUUGUAUAUAAAAGUGUAUAAGCAUGCCUGUCCCCUCAAAAAGGAAUAUGAUUAUAGUGAUUAUAUUGUAUAAUUAAUUUUUUUAAUUGAAAAUCGACUGAAAUAUAUUUAAUUAAUUUUAUAACUUUAAAUGCUUUUGAUUUGUUUUUAUCAUAGGCCUUCUUGUGGCAGUUGAAGAAUGUAAAGGUUAAAUAUUGGGUUGCAAUUUAAAAUUAAAACUUGCCAUGAUAAAAAUAUAUAAUAAUAAUAAUACACAGUACUUUCUAUUUUGUGCUUAGGAAUGUACCAGUUACCAUUUAACAUAAUUGAUUUAACUACAAAUCGACUGAAAUAUAAUAUUUCAUGAAAUUUAAAACUUUGUUUAAAUGCUUUUGAUUUGUAUUUUAUCAUAGGCCUAUUUGUGGCAGUUAAAGAAUGUAAAGGUUAAAAAUAUUGGCUUGCCAUUUAAAACUAUUGAUACCUGCCAUGAUAAAAACGUAACAAUAAUACACAAUAUUUUCUAUUUUGGGUUUAGGAAUUUACCAGUUUAACUGUAAAUGUUUUGUUUUAAUAUUGUUUUGUAUGUAAGAGAAUACGUAUUAUAUGACCUAAAGAGUGAUACCAAUUCACAAGAAUAAUGUUGAAUAUUUUAUCAUAUCAACGACAACACGUCAGCAACUGACAUCUGUGCUAAUAAGCUAACAGGUGCCAUACAAGUAUUGGAAAACAAAAUAUGUAUUCUCUUUUAUAAUGAGAGUGAAAAAUCAAGCUAUAUUUAUUCAACUUAUGUUUUGUAUGUUGUUGCACUAUGGUACUACUGUAUGUCACUCUUGUAAUACAUUAAAAAGUAGCAUUAUCCAAAUACCGGUACCAACUUCAUGCCAAUGGCUACCAGAUGUCUUGUUACGAUGGUGGUUACUUGACCCAGUACCAGUACCAGUUGUUUGGUGAAUUUCAAAAUGAUUCUUAUUUUAUACCAUUUUAAUAAUUUUCUUAACAUUAGUCUUUCAUAUGCUAGCUUUUAAAACAGUCAAAAGUAAUAGAAAUUAAGCUUUGAGGAAGGAAUGAGUAGUUUAUAAUUAUGUAUUAGCUUUUAUUAAAAAUUCUAAUUUGGAACCAAGCUCCAACGAGAGUUAAUUAAAUUACUUUUGCAAUAACAUAGAGGCUGAAAAAUGCUUUACUCAGUCUUGAGGUCAAGUGCAGCAAUGAUACAGAUACAGAAUUGCAGAGUUGUCAUUGGCGAUAUUGGUUGGGCUUUCUAAUUGUAAAUACAUUUUCCCCUGAAUGUGAUAAAUUCGUUAUCACGCAUAGACCUUUGCUAAAUGCGUGAAAAUUUAUGAUCACGCAUGUGUUACUGAAAAAUGCGUGUUUCAUCCAAAACUUUGAAAUGCAGGACCGUCCCGCACGAUGCGAGACAGUUGGUAACUAUGCACCACCAAUAUCACCAUCGAAAAUUGGUUUUAUUAAAAAUAUAAAAACGGUCAUGCAGUAAUUUGAGUCAUUAGACUAUUUUCGUGAAUACUUAAUUCUUUACUGCGUUACUAUUAUUGUACUUCACACCAAAAUGACCAGGCUACACAAGUUAUACCGGUACAACAGGAAGUAUUCCUUUAUUCAUAUUUUCGCCGUACACACACAGCUCCGUUGCCAACGGUUUCAGCGAGGAUUACCUUCAAACAAAGGAAUACAAAGCAUUUGAUCAAUUACUAUCAGGCAGGUGGUCGCACACACAUUACAACCCACGUCACAACAUUACUAAAAAUUGAUCAUUAUAACUAUUCAUGUUUUGUUUGUUUAAGUAAUGAAAUGUUUGUGUACUGUAGUUGAGGUGUUCAAAUAAAACAUAAUGUACAUUGCAA